GCCUGGGAGUGGUCGGCCCUCGAGAGCGAGCGCGAGCAGUGCGUCAACUGGCUCGGCAUGGGCGCGGAGAGCCGGAGAGGCUGGCAGCAGGUGUUCCACCGGUUCGAGCAGGUGGACCCCCAGGGCUUCAGCGAGUGCCUGAACACGCCGCUCCUGGCAGCUCCCUCCCCGAAGAACACGGCUGCUUCCAGCGGGCGCCGCAGAGGACGGCACGGUGCCCUCGAGCCUGCGGUGGUGACGCUGUCGUCCCUGGCGAAGGCCAUGGCGGACGGCGGGCCGCUGCGGCCCGGGGCGUUCCACUACGGCUACUUCGUCUUCCACAG